CAGAGUCCGGUGUCUUUAAUCCACACCGAUAGUUUCAGUCCCCAGCAUCCACAUGCAUACCGCGCGCGAACUCAGCAGGCAGAUGAGCAUGUAGGGCCGACGUGCCAUGAUAAUCCACGUGCUGUAUAUUAUAUACUGGGUUGCAAGGCAGCCGUUUCACAUAGAUCGCUCAACGACAAAUAUCACUUACACACAAGCAGCUAACGUCCAUCAGUGGUCAGGCCUGAAGAGCGGUCCACAAGCAAACAAACACAGCCCACGUCAAUCGGUGCAGAGGGUGCGUUGCGUGUGUCCUUCUGUACUUGUUUCCAAACGAGUCGAGGCCGCCCCUGUCUUUGUCUUUGAGCAUCUGCGAAGAUCACACACAAGGGGACGAGACGUUGAGCAGCACACAUGCUUUGGGCGUGUCUGUGGCCACCCCUCACCGAUUCAAUCUGCUUCCACUCCGCCUCGCUGUCCUUUUUGCCCUUCUUGCCCUUCUUCUUGCUCUUCUUCGGUUUGUCCUCGCCGCCCUCGUCCUUGGAGGCGCCCGCGGCGUCCUUUUUCUUCUUCUUGCCCUCCUCGUCGUCGCUGUCAUAGUAGAUCUCGUGCGAUGUGCCGAUGUUGUAGGACGGGUAGCACUCCAUGUACGAAUCCUCAUCCGCACCACGCGCCUUGCUCGCCCUAUACACGCAAUCGACGAACGACACGAAGCAAAGACAAUUCCUGAGCCCACUUGGUCUGUAUGUAUGUGUGUGUGUGUGUGUGUGUGUGACGGUACCUGAGGGCCUCCUGGUCCUUCCUCUCUUGCUCCUUCCUCCUGUAGUUGGCGAGGGCUUCUUGUGCUGCUGCGGCAGAUGCAAGCCCCACAUCACCCGCCCCCUCGCCUUCAUCCACCUCCAUCUCAUCCUCGGCACGCACAAUCGGCAAAGCAAUCCUGAUGAGCAUCAUUACACAGAAGAAGGAUACAUCGUUUGUCGUUGGUGUCUGCCGUUGUUUCGCGAUACCUUUUGGCUCUUUGUUUGUCCUCUUCCUCCUCUUCUGCCCCCGUGUCAUCGAAGUACGAUCGACCGCCACCGACAGACACCGCACCAGCCUGUGUGACAGACACAUACAGACAGACAGAGAUGAACAAGACAAUCACAUAGACCGUGUGUCCUCUUCUUGCUGACCUUGAGGUGCUCGGUAGUGUCUUUGGGGUCGAAGUGUCCAGCCCCCUGGAAAAUGUCGUCGUCAUCCUCGUCGAUGGAUGCAGAGAUCUUGCCCUGCUCCACACGGGGGCGCUGACACCACAAACACACACAGAUACAGAAUGGGUGAUCGACUGUACGAGGAUGUGUUUGCUGCCUUCGUCUUGACCUCUUUCUGCUGUGCGGGCCAUGCAGCUGAGCUCGUCUGCUUCUCAGCGUGAGAGGCAGCGGCUGCCUGUGCCUCCGAUGCGGGAAGCUUUGGGGCGAAUGCACGCUCCUCUCGUGGCCGCUGAGACACUGACACACGGACACACACACAUACAUGACAAUCGGGCUGAUGAAACGAGUGUCCUGCUUGCUCACGUCUUUCGUGUCGCUUCUUGCGCCUGUUCUCGGCGUGCCAGUGGUAGAUGGCGUUCAGCUCCUCUCUGAUCGGCUUCUGGACGAUGGCGAUGAUGCCCUCGGGCGGCGCGGGGCAGUCCUCCUUUGAGCGAUGGAUGAAGGUGGGGAUGUCCUGACCCUCCAUGUCCAUCUGCGUGUCGAAGCAAUACGCCAUCCGACCAGGCAAGAACAGCUCAGUGUUGCCGCGGAAACGGUUGCCCUGAGAGAAGCCCGCACACAGACGAGAACACAGAAGUGCGUCGAUAGGCAAGGAGUGCGUGCAGUGUUAGCCAACCCACCUUCAUGAGAUUGUCGUCGAUGCGCUUGAGUUUGUCGUUGAAUGACACGUGGUGCGGGUGCAGCUGCUCCAUGACCUCUCGAUGCACUGAUCGACCGAUGGCCGUCUGAAACCCACGGCGUCGACGGGACUCGGCCUUGCGCUCCUCCUCCUCAUUCCUGGCAGACAGAUAGCAGGCAUUGCUUUCGUGUCCGUGAAUUGUCUGUGUGUGUGUGUGUGUGUGCUGACUUGGCCUGUAGGUUCCUCUGCUCCUUGUCAAUCUCCUGUCGUAUCUUGUUGAGCAGCUGGUAGUCGAGACCCUUCACCAGAUGAGUGUGCUCGAGGUCGCCGCCCUGUCAACCAAAACCAAAACCAACACCAACAUCAACACAGGCAGUCAUCUGUGCCUGUACGCCCCCACAUCUUUGUUCGUGUGAGCUCACUCACCAGGUAUUUUGAUUCGUCGAUAGACCGUGACUUCAUUUCUUGGAACUCCGUCUCCACCUGCUUGUAGUCCUCCUUCUGGGCGCGACGAGCCGCCGCACGGUCCACAUACGACGAAUCCACCUCCUCAUGCUUGUCACCACUGAUCGAUGCGCGCACGACCCGCCACACACGACACAAGCAGACAGGCGGCAAAGCACUCCACAUUGCAUGUGUGCGCGUGCUCCUUUCCCUUCUCACCUGUCGUCCUUCUUGGGUUUGAACGGCCGCGGCCUCUUGCGCUCCUUUGACGAGGAACCGUCACCUGGCUUCUUCCUGCACCACACACCAACCAGGACAACCACGACAAUGGAAGUGAUGAUACAAAUGCUUGUCCUGUCGUCACGUCAUGUCAUGGUGCCCACCUCUUGGCGGCGACAUUGGCCAGCAGCGACGCGUCCGUCUCAUUCAGGAGGGACUUGAAAUCCGCAUUCGUGAGAGGCUUCGCCAUGCCGAUGAUCACUUGCGGUGAAUCAACGCCCUGUCAGCUUACUGUCAGCCAGUUGCCGUCAGCAGAUGGAGAUGCCUCACACGUACGCCAGCAACUACGAAGUGAGUCGCGCUCAAAGGCGAAGAGGAGCUGACUGAAAAUUGGUGCCUAAUCCAGCACUCCAGCUACAGCAACAUGCUUCAGCGAGAAUUGGAGAAUUGGAGGCGCG